AUGAUGCCCCCCUUAAGAGCGCAUCGCAAGUCGCGCACUGGCUGUCUGCAGUGCAGGAAGAGACGAGUCAAGUGCGACGAGAACGGCCAUCCAUGCGGCAACUGCGCAUUCCGACACGUUGAAUGUACUUAUCCCAGCCGUUCAUCACCAGAUCUCCAGCCGAGUCAGAAUGCUGCUCAAGAUAGACCAAGCGAGGGUCAACCCCUGGCCCUUCUAGACCCCUCAAACAAACUCCUUCUCGAACUGAUGCACAAAUUCUCCACCGAAACAUACAAAUCCUUCUUCGUCGACCCUGCAGACCUGCACAUCUGGCAGUCCGUCAUCCCCCGUCGGGCUCUUGACCACGACUUCCUCUUAGAUGGACUCCUCUCAGUCGCUGCCCUGCAUACAGCAUCAUCAAGCGACCGCCAGACAGCACGACCAUACCUAGACGCCGCAAUGGACUUUCAAAGCCGCGGGCUAAAGCCCUUCCAAAACGCGAUCCAGAACAUCUCACCCGAGAACUGCGACGCCGUCUUCGUGCACUCGAUGAUCACCAUCGUCAACGGGAUCGUCUUCCCCCAGAUCGCAGCCCGGGUCACCGAGGUCGACAGCUCCACUGUGCUCGAAAACAUAUUCACCCUGUUCAAGCUGGUCCAGGGAACCGCCGAGAUCAGCAAACUCACAGGGCCCUGGCUGCAGAAGUCAUCACUCAUCCCGAAAGACUUCUGGGGCGCCUCCAGCGACAGCAUAUUAGAUACUGAAAUCGAACAGGCACUUACGAGGUUACGGGACUUGAACCGACGUGAGAAUAUAGAACAUCCCCCGAGACACGGCCAUAUUGAAUUCGCCAUCUCGCGGCUGCGGCAGUGCUUCCAGCGCUUCUUCCGGUUUAGGGAUCCGGCGUCGGUCGUUACCUGGCUUGCGAUUGUGGAUGGGGAGUUUGUGGACUAUCUCCACAAGGAGGAACCGCUGCCGAUUCUGGUGAUGGUGCAUUGGGGGGUUCUGCUGGCGGAGUUGGAUGGGGAGGUGUGGUGGGCGUCGAAGUCUGGAAAGGCGCUUGUGGCUGAUGCGUUGGGGAUUCUGGAUAGGGGGGAAGUGGAUUUUGGGAUUGCGAGCUCGUGGCCUAGGGAGAAGGUGGGAUUAUAA